UUUGCCGAGUCCGGCUGCUCCUUGUUCCGCUGCAGUUUUCCGCCCUCUUUUCGUCUCGGAGAGGCCGGUUCGCCCAUGACCGCCCCUUUAAGACGGCGGCAUGUCGUUUGUUUAAUGUUCCAGUUUUCUGUCGGCAGAUACGGGCUGGAGUGCGGAGCCUGUGCUGAGCAGCAGCAGCAGCAGCCGUUCAGCCUUUGUUCGGAUGGAGACGAGUUUUUCUUCUUCGCUGCUGCACUGAGACAGCUGUGUGUUACCGGUGAACGCCUGGCUUUUUGAGGGACCUGUGUCGUUUUCCGGACACGCCAGUCCGAGGCAGGGAGGGCUUCAUGAGGAGCAGCACACUGAGGGUCCGCCGCUGGUAGACGCAGUGAGGGGGAAGAGAAGGCGCAGUAACGUUAAACCGGCGCUGCCGUCCAAAAUCCAGCCCAGCCUCCUCAUAUAACACACACUCACACGCACACACACACACACACACACACACACAGUGUCCAGUGAAGUACUGUCAACACACUCCAGCUCUGUUAACCAGCUCAAAACGGGGGUGGACAGAGGAAGAGACGGAGGGAGAGAUAUAGACCCACAGUCUAUUUUUUUCCCUCACUCUUUCUUAUUUUCUCCUUCCAUCCGAGGUCCACCUUAAAGCAGGCAUCCAGAAGUUGUACCUCAAGGCAGACACCAUGACGUCACCCCCAUCACCUCUCCCCUCCCCUUGCCCCUGUCCUCCACCCCCACCAUCGCUACCCUCCUCCCCAACCCCAUCCUCUCCUGCCCCUUCCACCCUCCCCCUUCCCCCCUCUCUGCCCCCUACUGGUGAGGUGAUGGUCUUGGCUCUGGGGCGGAAGAAGCAGCGGCUCCUCAUCGCCCUCUCCAUCUUACCCAACCUUUUCUUGGCUUUUCUGCUCUCCUCUGACCCUCUGCUGACCCUGGCGUCCCCCCAUCACUGCCACCUGCCAGGGACCACCCCAACACCCGAACUGCUCAAUGCCUCUCUGCCGUGGGAGAAGGGUGAGAGGGAGGGGGAGAGUGGACGACUCUCCCCGUGCAAGCAGUACCUGUUCGUCAACGGCACCCGCUCUGAUGUAGUGGUCUGUGAAGCUGGGUGGGACUACAACGUCACAGAAGGCUUGAGGAAGAACAUUGUCACAGAGUGGGAUCUGGUGUGCGCUCAGUACUGGCUGGUCCCAGUGGAGGAAGUCUGCUUCAUACUGGGCAUCCUCACAGGCUGCCUGGGACUCGGAUAUGCUGCUGACCGAUUGGGCAGGCUGAAGACUCUGCUCACCUCUCUCACUCUCUCUGUGAUAUUCGGCACACUGGUGUGUGUUUCUCCCUCACCCCCCAUCUUCAUUGCCAUGCGGUUCUGUCUGGCUGCGGCCAGUGCUGGUGUCUACCUCAGCCUGUAUAUCACACGUUUGGAACUGUGUGACCCUUCACUACGAUUGGUGGUCACAAUGUUGGCGGGACUGACAACAGUUGCUGGGGAGCUGCUUUUGCUGGGUGUAGCUGUUGGAUGCCAGUCAUGGAGGGGGCUUUUAGGAACUGGAGCUGCUCCUCUUUCCCUCUUCCUCUGCUAUGGUAUUCCAGGUGUUUUUCCAGAGUCUCCACGCUGGCUCUUACUCUCAGAGAGGACGAGCGACAUGAACUCCUUCAGCGAACGCAUUGAACGACAAAGAGAAGACGAUGGCUUCACAGAGCUGGAGUCUGAGCCCCCUCCAUCUCAUCGCCCCCAUUUGUCCUUCCCAGAGCUACUGCACAGCAGAAACAUCUGGAAAAACAUGUGUGUGCUGGGCUUCACCUCGUUCAUCUCCCAUGGCAUUAGUCACUGCUAUAGCUCCUUCAGGGGUGAUGUCAGAGGCACCACUCCCAGUUUCUAUUGGACCUACCUGCUGUCUGUUUGCGCAGGAGGAGGAGCCUGGCUGUUACUCUGGGCGACAGUGGACAGGUGCGGCCGGCGUGGAAUCCUCCUGCUGGCCAUGACCAUGACUGGGCUUGCAUCUCUCAUCUUACUCGGGCUAAUGGAGUAUCUGAGUGAGUCGGCCAUUACGGUGUUCUCAGUGAUGGGCCUGUUCUCCUCGCAGGCUGCUGCCUCUCUCUGUAUCCUCUUCACUGCUGAAAUCAUGCCCACCAUCAUCAGGGGCAGUGGGGUGGGUGCAAUCCUGGCUCUGGGCUGCGUGGGUCGUCUUAGCUCUCCUUUGAUGGAUCUGCGUAACCAUUAUGGCUACUUCCUGCACCACGUGGUCUACUCUUCCCUGGCUCUGCUGGCUGUUCUGUCCAUCCUGCUCCUCCCGGAGAGCAAACGAAAGCCCCUGCCACAGACACUGGCUGAUGGUGAGCAGUACCGGCGCCCCCCGCUGGGCCGGAGGAGGAGAGACAAUGUUCCGUUGCUUGCCACACCUAACCCAGAGACCUAGCUGACCCUGUAAACGCACAUGCACUUGUUCACCUCAGCCCAUUCCCCCCUGACUGUCACCAUGUCCAUGUGGGAAAGGAAGCAAGGGGUCUGUAGGACUGCACUGUCAAGCCCUCUUAACCUUCCAUCUCCUAUCAUUCCUAACACGCAUAAAUGGAGCUACGGUACGUCGAGUCCAUCCAGGCUCCUGUUGAAGUGUGAGGGGGUGAGAGGCAGAACGGCGUAGAGAGCCAUCCACACUCAGUGACACGUAGUAUGGCAAGGCUCACAAUUUUCUCCAGUCAGUGCCAAUCCCAUAUACCACAAAACAGCAAGUAACACUCCACAUAGCCACCGUCAGGGACCUCAUCCAAGUCUGUACCACCCAUGUAGCAUUCAGUGACAUACCCACUAAUAGCAUCAACCAGAUUACACUUCACUGAGGCAAGGGCUCAAUACACUAUGGUUGUUUUGUAAAUAUCCUAAUUGUACUCUCUCUGAACUAAAGUAGAUUUAAGUUCUCACUAAAGAAGAUAGGGAAGAUAGUCUUUGCCCACUUUAGUACUGUAAAACGUGUUGCUGCUGGCCCAAAGGCACAAUCGAGAAGGACACGGCAAACAGUUCUCUCUCACUGCAAGUGCUUCUGUUAUUUAUGAAUGGAUAGUUUAUAAUGGCAUUAUGGUUUAGGAAUGCUGGACUGUGGCAUGCCAACAGAACAGUGUAUUUAUAUUACACUGAUAAUCCUAGUCUGUUCCUUUAAGACUUUUUUUUUUACUUCUGAGUUGGAAGAAAUGGGAUUCAACUUUAAAUAACCCUCACUCUUGCAAACCGUCCAGGUUGAGUCAGUAUUACUGAGUGUGCAGGGUAAAGAGGGUGGAGCACUAGUUAAGUAGGAUGUUGGCUUUUUGUCCAGGCUUUUUUUUAGAGUUAUAUUCUCAGACUUUAUAUUUGGCCUUUUGCUGAGUUCUCCAGAGUCUGAGCAAAAAAGUGGAAAAAGGGCCAGAAAACUGAAGUAACAUAGCCUUCUCUUGUAACCUGUCAUCUGUUAGUUUGAGUUAGUUUAUUUUAUAAAUGCACCUAAUAAUUCUCUAUUGGUAGUAAUAAUGAUAUGAAUGAUAUUAUAACAGUUGAUACAAAUGUACUGGAGAAUAGAAAUGACUGACUGCUUCAGAUUAUUUACCGAGUAAUAAAAGUGGUGUGAUUAUGUUAACUCUUUAACAAGCUUCAUUGAAAAUAAAAAUGUCAAAAACAAA